CGGCAAAACACAAAUACCUAGGCUGGUCUGUAGUUCGUCAGUUUAUUUUUUUCUCCCAGUCUCAAUUAAGCUCAACAGCAAGUGAACGGUUAAUAGUUUUCCUUCAGUUCCAGGGUAUGUGCAGUUCGUACUGUACCAUAAUGAAAAUAACGUUAAUUAUUUGGCGGUCUGUGCAAUGUGUGUGUUAAACCCAGUUUAAAUUUGUGUGUUAAAAUGACGUAAAAAAGAUUGAAAUACUUUAAUGAAAUUGACUGAGUGAAAAUUCAUUCCAAAGAUUCAAAUGAAUGUCGAGCCCCAAUGCUUUAUUACUGCUUCGGUUUGUGUGGAUGUCUAGGCAUCUCCUUUGGGUAGGUUACUUUGUUGCAGCAUAAAUAGGCUAGUGAACUUUUUUGGUAGGCCUGCAUUCUUAAUAAUAGUGAAAGGUUGCAAUUGCCUCGGUAUAGUGCAACAACGAACGUGCAGUGGACCAAAUGACUGCUCCUAAACUGCGGAAUCGCGUUUUUGGCAAUUCUUUGAUGUAAUCCGUAAAUGCACUUGAUAGUUCGUUAGUGAUUCCAGGAUGAAAUUCUUAUGCAUAGCAAAAUAUUGGAUACAUAAGAAUUAAAGUGCAACUGUUGACUCCUAAUUUAAAAAAAAAAAAAAAAACUUUAUUCUGGUGAAAUGGAUUGACAAUGAUGUUCUGAUAAAGGGGCAUGAAAGUCAAAGUCUCUCUCUGCGCGCGCACAUAUACGACGCACCUUGAUCAUCGAUAUUUUCUCCAUUGACUACAUGUGCAACUGAAUAUGGUAAAACUAUUUAAUCAAAAUUUACUGGAAAUAAAAAGGACAACUUAAAACAUAAACGUGUCAACAACUGGUGAAUUACUGUUCUCGCCGUAAUGCAUAUGCAUGUGUGGUUCCCAAGGACCAUAUUUUUGGCAAGAAAACAUUUCUGUGGCCAACAGAAACGCUUCAGGUGCCAUGAAACACAUCAUGCACUUCAACAAUCCCCGGAUUCGACUGAUCCACGAUUCUGAAUCAGCCCGUUGCGGUGAAUUUAAUCACAGUUCCAAGACUGCCGGUUUCCAGAUCUCGCAAUGGGCUCAUUCCCGCGGCGACUGAGUUUGAUUGGCCGAUGAUAUUUCUUUUAAUCAUUGCUGUGUCGUAUUUUUGGGGGGUGCCCAUUGGGUACCUCGUAAAUACGCGAAUUACGAUUGGUUGAAUUUCCAUCGCACAAGCUUAACUAGCCUAUUGGUUAAUUACAGGAGGCUCGUAAUACAGCAUUUUCAACUGCUUUUCGAUACAUUUCUGAGCAUGAGUUUUUUAUGGUCUGUGCUGACUGUGACGCCGGACCAAGGAGAUGCGCGAGACCCCAUAACAGGGUUUUUUUUUAACGAAACCUGGACCACAUCCGUGGAAUUAGAACAUGUUUCGAGAUUAACGGAAUAAAAACCAUUGGAAUAACGGUAUUAAUGAGGUUUAGAGUAUUCUCAAAAAUACAUUUUAAAACUGGGAAUGCUUCAGUACAUCAGUGUAUUGGGAUAGAAACUGGCUACGACGAACGCUGAAUUGUUGGGCAGUGAUGCACACGCGCUGGAUUAUGCUCCAUGUGAAGCUGAAUUGAGAGUGGCGUUUCUCGAAGGCAGUGAAUUUAUAUUUAGGCUAUAUAAAAAGAGAAACUAUAAGAAUCCGUGAAAUGGUAGGCUAUGCAUAAUGUUGCAUUUCUGUUGGAUUAAAAAGACGUCGACAAAGGAUACCGAGAGACCGGCUUCAGGUGUUUGCUCGCGCUGCAGCAUGCACCUCAUGGAAACACUGUUUCUCAAGUUAUACAACUAAUCUGAUAACUAUGUGAAUUGUAAGGUACAACUCUUUUUCUCGUUUCUUUUGUGAAUAUUUGGUAAAUGAAAAAAAGUUUUUUUAAAUGUAUAACCACGUGUACAUUCUUAGUCGUUGUCUCGGAACUUUGAUGUCUGUACGUUCAAAGAGAGUGUCUCGAGGUGGCCAAAUAAUUUCCUGAUACCAACGCAGGAAACCACUAAUUCGUGACCAAAUCGACCUAUGACGGCGACUGAAUUCAGUUAUAUUAUGGCUUUCUGCUUCUCCGACCUAAAGAGUUUGUAGAUACAGUGUGUAGCAGGUAGAUACUGCGUGUUAUCUGUUUAUACGUAUGGCAUGAAAAGCACCCUCGCGCUGCCAUGGAUGAUAAAUCCAAUAAAUUGAUAUUAGUUCCAAUUUUAGCUGUUCUUUUUGUAAUGAUAGGAUAUCAGUAUAUUUGCCCAGCUGGCAGUAACUCUUGCCACUUUAGGACUGUAGAGAAGUUGAGGGGGGUCAGUCCUCCGUCAAGCCAGUAUCCGCAAAGCGAGGAUUUCGAUCGGGACCAAGAGCUGGAAGAUGAUGGCCCUCCAAAAUUUCAGUACAGAUUCAACUUCACUGAACGAGAUCUUACUCGACACGUGGACUUCGACAUCAAAGGAAACGACGUGAUUGUAUUUCUCCACAUUCAAAAGACCGGUGGAACCACGUUCGGAAGACACCUUGUCAGGAAUAUUCGUCUGGAGCAACCGUGCGACUGCAAACCCGGUCAGAAGAAAUGCACUUGCCACCGACCAGGCAAAGAGGAGUCCUGGCUCUUCUCGAGGUUCUCCACGGGCUGGAGCUGCGGUCUGCACGCGGACUGGACCGAGCUCACUAACUGCGUUCCGGUCAUCAUGGACAAGAAGGAAGCUCAGAGAAACCGAAGGAACUUCUACUACAUCACCAUGCUGCGGGACCCCGUGUCGCGGUACCUGAGCGAGUGGAAGCACGUGCAGCGCGGCGCCACCUGGAAGACGGCCCUGCACAUGUGCGACGGGCGCUCGCCCACGCAGGACGAGCUGCCCGCCUGCUACAGCGGCGACGACUGGGCCGGCGUCACCCUGCCCGAGUUCAUGGACUGCCCGUCCAACCUGGCCAACAACCGGCAGGCCCGCAUGCUGGCCGACCUCAGCCUGGUGGGCUGCUACAACCUGUCGUCCAUGAACGAGAGCGAGCGCGCCCGCAUCCUGCUGGGCAGCGCCCGCGCCAACCUGCGCAACAUGGCCUUCUACGGCCUGACCGAGUUCCAGCGCAAGACGCAGUACCUGUUCGAGCGGACGUUCAGCCUGCGCUUCAUCUCCGCCUUCACGCAGAUCAACAGCACGCGCGCGGCCGGCGUGGGCAUCGGCGAGGCCGCCCGCCGCCGCAUCGAGCAGCUGAACCGCCUGGACGUGCAGCUGUACGAGUACGCCAAGGACCUGUUCCUGCAGCGCUUCCAGGCCGCCCGCCAGGCCGAGCGCCGCCAGCAGAGGGAGCAGCGGCUCAAGAGGCGGGAGGAGCGCCGCUGGCUGAAGGAGAGGCACUCCUUCCUGUCCAAGCGCCGGCGGCAGGGCGGGGGACAGGAAGUGCCGCCCACCGAGGACUACGCCAGCCAGGUGGAGCGCUGGUGAAGCCCCGCCCCUUAACUGUCCCUUUCUCUGUCCUCCGCUUCUGUCCUGAUCUGUCUUUCUUCCUUCAUCUCUCUCUUUCUGUCUCACUCUCUAUCUCUCUGCAUUUCCUGUCUCUGUUUCUGUCUGUCUCUCUCUGUCUCUCUCUUUCUCCCUCUCCCUCGUGCUGUGUGAUCUAAUCUCUAAAAGAAUCUGUGACUCUCACAACGUCCCUGCCUUGGGGUGUCCUUCCGUGUCUUAAACUCUCAAAAAGGAUAUAUUUAUUUAUUUGAUUAUUUAUUUUUAUUUUUGGUUCAACUUCUUCCUCCUGUGGUUUGUCAGUUAGUUAUGAUUGUACAGAUUGCUGUGUCUCUAAAUGGACAGUGAAUUAGUCGUGAAGGCGAAACGACCAAAGAGAGUUAAUGACAAUGAUUUUAAUCAAGGUUUUCUAGGAUCAGUCAAUAUUGGGGCGUGUCUUUAUGUGGUGAAAGGAUCCUGUUUUGCUCAAUACAAUACAAAAUAAUACAAUAAUGCAGUUUGCCAUACAAUGAUGACCUCAUGUGUGAAAGAAUAAGGUUGACUGAGCGAAUGGUACAAAAUUGAUGAUUGUACAAAAUUGCCCUCUGAACUAUUGUGUCAAUUGAGUUCUUGAGUCAAUCAAAGGACUAAUUUAAGAGCUGCCUACGUUAUUGCUUCAUGAGUAUCCAGAUUUGCAGGUGUCAGAUUGCAUUUGAAAGGAUGAAUGUUGCAUUUACUGCACUUUCCUUAAACACUGAAUAUUAAGUAAUAGAACAUUGAAAUCACAUAAGGCCCAUCGACAUUCACUCACACACAUGGACACAUGCACGUGACACGCCCAUACUUGUACAUACACACUCACUCACACAAGUGCGCACAAAUGCACUCACAGGUUCAAGCACACGUAUAUACUAACUCACACACUCCGACACGUCAUCUGCACACAUGCACGUGCCCACACACACACACACAAAAACAAUUCCCCUCUAAAGCAUAGCCGUGCUGCUUCCUCAAAAUACUCAUAACAUGAAAGGUGUUAACAUCUGGAAGGAAGGAUGUUUCCCAGUUGCUAAUGGCAUCAGUAAUGUUGUUGAGACAAUGAUAGAAUGGAUGAAAUUCACCUGAAGACUCCAGUCUCUCAAAAAUAACACAGAACUGUGCAGCUUCACUGUAAAACAAAAGUUCAGUGUACACAAACUGAAUGCCUUUUGGAACAUUUGAGUUGGGAAACAUUGUUCAGUUUUUCACUGGUCUAAUUAAUGAAAUUUAGCUAUUCUUUUUAACGCUUUUUCCUCAUUUUUCUCUCCAAUUUUUGUGUGACAAAACUUACUCAUACUGCAUUGCUCAUCACAAUCUCCAUUGUCAGUUUGUGCAGCAUGUGAUGUCAGCCACCACUUCGUAUCACACUGCAGUUUGCAAGUCAGGCUCAUACAUAGAGGGUAACACUUCAUGUGCAACUUAACAAACCUGUGGGUACAACAUUGACCAAUAGGGAUCGCUGGUGCAUGAUUAGUCAUUGUCAUCCUGGUCAAGCGAAGCCUCCCAUCACUGGUUGACACUGGAUCCAAUUGCGUAUCACCCUGCAGGGCUAAAGGCCCUGUCAGCACUGGCAUGGGCCAGAUCCCAUAGCAGACCUCGAUCCGUGCCCUUGAGCAGUGCCCUAACAGGAUGAGCCACCCAGCAGCCUGUGUUUUUAAUGUUUUUCACUGAGUUAUAAUAACUUUUUCCAUAAAAAUUUUCCAUUUUUUAAAUUAACACUACUAAAUCAUUUUUGUGAAAUUGCAUUUAUGUUUCUGUCUGCAUGUGUCUAUUUCAGUUCAAAUAUAUCACCGUGUUAUCAAUCUUUUAACCAAUUUUAAAAAAUGUUUUUAGAUUUUUCAAAUUUAUUUUUAAGCUUGAAAGACGUACGCCAAUGUAAUUUUGCAGGGUAAAAAUAUAAAAUGUUUGAUGCGUUGAUCUAUAUUAGAUAAAUCAUUCUAGCAUUAAAGCACUGGAUUAUUUCAAUGGCCUCAGCACUAUUAUAUAGUUUGGUGCUUUGAUGGGAGGUUCUGUUUGAAUUAUAUGUUUGAUGGGUGAGGUCAUGUGGUGCAGUCCAGUUCAUUAGGCACCCUACUGUAAAUCCAAUUACAAAUCCCCUGUGUGGUCAGGGGCUCUAUUCCCCACUGUGGGACGUCCUGUACUGUGAUUCCCUCUCUAUCUGUAGCCUUCUCUCUCUGCUUUCCCCAUGUGUGUUUAAUGUAAAAAAAAAAAA